UGAGCCGCAGAAGAGGGAGGUAUCAUGGCUGCUGGAAACGCUCGCAUUGGAAAGCCGGCUCCGGACUUUCAGGCCACCGCAGUGGUAAAUGGCGAGUUCAAAGAAGUGAAACUGUCAAACUACAGGGGGAAAUACGUUGUGCUGUUCUUCUACCCUCUGGACUUCACCUUCGUCUGCCCUACGGAGAUCAUCGCCUUCAGCGAACACGCAGAGGACUUCCGCAAGAUCGGCGCCGAGGUCAUUGGAGCUUCCGUAGACUCGCACUUCUCACACCUCGCUUGGACAAAUGUUCCUCGUAAGGAGGGAGGCCUGGGACCCAUGAACAUUCCCCUGGUGUCGGACCUGAAGCAGACAAUCUCCAGGGACUAUGGUGUCCUCAAGGAGGAGGAUGGGGUUGCAUACAGGGGUCUGUUCAUCAUAGACAACAAGGGCAUCCUGCGUCAGAUUACCAUCAAUGAUCUGCCGGUGGGUCGCUCUGUAGAGGAGGUGCUGAGACUGGUGCAGGCCUUCCAGUUCACUGACCAACAUGGAGAGGUAUGUCCUGCAGGAUGGAAGCCUGGCAGCCGCACCAUCAAGCCAAACGUGAAGGACAGCAAGGAAUACUUCUCCAAGGAGCACUGAGCCUGUGCGGACUCCUAACUGAAGUGUCCCCUGUAGCUGGGGAAUCAUGUGCACUGACAACAUUCUGCCACCUCCAUCCUCCCUGCCCCGAUUAUGACAGCACUUGUUCUUAAAUAAAACGUUACUAGUUACUUCCAA